AUGUCGGAUUUGGACGUGAUGGUGCGCGCGAGAAAAGAGCGGGUGGUAAUUCUUGGAUCAGGAUGGGCAGGCUUCACCCUUUCAAGAGCGUUGGACCCCAAGAAAUAUCAGAUCGUGAUCGUCAGCCCGAGAUCGUACUUCGUCUUUACUCCUCUGCUGGCAGGAACGUCUGUUGGCACUCUUGAAUUUCGAACAACAUUAGAGCCGGUAAGAUCGUUUCGUGGGAGAGGCGUAGGUGCAGAAUACUUUCAAGCAUGGGCGGACAAGGUGGAUUUUGAGAGCAAGACUUUGGCGGUGGAAGAGGCGGUCGAAGAUGAUGUGCCCUCGCGAGCACUCACGCCGGGCCUAAAGGAGGAGAAUCCGACGCAGCAGAAGAGCGCAGCAAAGAAGGGGGAGCUGUUUGAGAUGGGAUACGACAAGCUCAUCAUAUCAGUUGGCUGUUAUGCUCAGACAUUCAACACGCCAGGCGUCAGAGAGAAUGCAUAUUUCUUGAAAGAUGUUGGGGAUGCGCGACGGAUCCGUAAUCGCUUGCUUUCUUGCUUCGAGAUUGCAGCUCUGCCGACCACAUCGGUGGAAACCAAGAAGAUGCUCUUGAAUUUUGCAGUAGUUGGAGGCGGACCGACGGGAAUUGAGUGGUCUGCGGAGCUCUAUGAUAUGGUCUACGAGGAUAUCAAACGGCUUUACCCAGAGCUGGUCCAGUACGUGAAGAUCACGGUGUACGAUGUGGCGCCGACUGUUCUCGGCAUGUUCGACAAGCGCUUGUCUGACUAUGCCAUGAAGACUUUUGGUCGCCAGGGCAUUGACAUCAAGACGAGUCACCACAUCCAAGAGCUUCGCCUAGAUGUGCCAGAAGGCAAGCAGCCGCCGCCAGGAGUGAGAGAUGGAGGCUCGCUGUACACUUUGAAGAUCGAAGAAGAGGGAGAAAUCGGGUGUGGUAUGGUUGUAUGGAGUACCGGCUUGAUGAUGAAUCCAUUCGUCGAGAGCGCUUUGAAAGGAAAGGUCAAGCAGCAUGAGAAGAGUCACGGAAUUCUCACCAAUGAGCGGCUGCAAGUGAAAGACGCGACUGAUAAGCCGAUUCCAGACGUGUAUGCUUUGGGUGACUGCGCCAUACUCGAAGGCACCUCGUACCCAGCCACGGCACAAGUAGCAUCGCAGAAGGCAUACUGGCUUGCCAAGCGACUGAACAAGGGUGACAUCGAGCAGAACAAGUUCAAUUAUCGAAACCUGGGCGUUAUGGCGUACAUUGGCAACCGAAAAGCAAUUUUGCAGAGCGGAGGCGGCGACAUUUCUGGACGCAUUGCUUGGAUGAUCUGGAGAGGUGCAUACCUCACAAAGACUGUGAGCUGGAGAAACAGGAUUUUGAUUCCCAUAUACUGGACCAUCAAUUGGAUCUUUGGACGGGACAUCAGCAGGUUUUAA